AUGGCCCUCGAUCUCAUUGACGGCUUCAACCCAACCCACCAGCUGGAGGCCAACGGCCAUGAUCUGCCCAUUUUCACUGUGGAGGCGGCGCAGCUCGGCUUCUCAGUAACAGCCGACUUUGUCGCCGCCCAAGUCGCCAACGAUGUCAUGAUUCUCGCUCUCUCAAACGGACGAAUUCUACGAAUAGACCUCAACAGACCGGAGGAUAUCGAUGAUAUCGACCUCCCCAAGAAGACAUCCGAAAUUGGCGUUAUUUGUCGCAUGUUCCUUGAUCCCACAGCGUCGCAUCUCAUCAUACGUACAUCCCUCGGCGAGAACUACUACCUGCACUCGCAGUCGCGACUGCCUCGGCCACUAGGUAGACUUCGUGGUGUCCCCAUCGAAAGCGUGGCAUGGAAUCCUGCUCUGCCCACGGCAUCUACCCGUGAAAUCAUUUUGGGCGCAUCUGACGGCAACAUUUACGAAACGUUCAUUGAAGUAUCGAACGAGUUCUAUAAGAAGGAAGUGAAACACCUGAAGAACCUCCACAAACUCCCAGACGGACCCAUCACAGGCCUUUGGGUUGAUAAUCUAGACGGACGAUCGGACUUACGCAGAAUUAUAAUCGCCACGCAGAGCCGUCUCUUUCACCUCGUCGGAAAGACGGGGACUGGCAGCGAUAGUAGCGGAUCCGUUUACUCGCGACUUUUUGAGUCGGAACACCCGAUUGUACACGAAAUCUCGCGCAAUUCGGCGGCAGCACAUUCCUCUUUGGCUGUAUCACCUGAUCCAAGAGAGACCGAGCCAUACCGAGAUCAGCAGCCAGAGAAGGCGUUUGCUUGGCUCACCUCGCAAGGCAUCUUCCACGGAACGUUGCUGCAAUCGCCGGCUGAGCAGACCCUCGGCUCGAAAGUCUUUGCAGAAUCCAAGACGCUCGCCCGUUCCCAGAUUUUCUCCGACGCAUCAGGGAAAAGAAAGUCUGGGCCGGAUAACAUUGAUGCCAUGGCUUUGACGCAAUGGCAUAUCGUCUGCUUGUUAGGAGGCCGAGUGAUCACUAUCAAUCGCCUUACAGGCCAGACAAUAUCUGAACAUGACGUUCUGAAAAGCGGUCAAAAAGCGAUUGGCUUUGCGGUCGAUAUGCAAAAGUACACCUUUUGGCUGUUCACAGGGCAAGACGUCUUCGAAAUCGUGCCCAACGACGAAGAUCGCAACAUCUGGCAGAUUUUGAUGGACUCGCAAAAUUUUGAAGCGGCACUUCAGCAAGCCCGGGGCCAAGACCAGAAAGAGACUGUUGCUGCGGCUUACGGCGAUUAUAUGGCUAAGAAAGGAAACUGGAAAGAGGCGGCAGCUUUGUACGGAAACAGUAACAAGCCUUUCGAAGACGUGGCCCUUCGAAUGAUUGACAGUGGUCAGCAUGACGCUCUGCGCAGUUUCCUUUUGAGCAAGCUGGCUGCCACCAAACGAACAGCAACCAUGCAAAGAAUGAUGAUUGCUAGCUGGCUCAUCGAGAUCUUCAUGGCCAAGCUCAACUCACUUGACGACACCAUUGGCACGCGGGCAGAAUUGUCCGAGUCGCUCAACGCUACUCAAUUUCAAAAGCUCCUCCAACACGUCAAAAAACAAUUUCAGGAAUUUGUCGUACGCUAUAAAAACGAUCUGGAUAAGAAGACUGUUUAUAAUAUCAUCAGCAGCCACGGGCGCGAGGAGGAGCUUUUGUUUUAUGCCAACUCAGUCAAUGACUACCAAUAUGUGCUCUCAUACUGGGUGCAGCGGGAGAAUUGGGCCAAGGUCCUAGAUGUGCUGAAGAGGCAGACGGAUUCAGAAGUCUUUUACCGUUACAGCACUGUUCUCAUGACACACGCGCCGCAGGAAACGGUUGAAAUCUUGAUGCGGCAUGCGGAUCUCAAGCCAAGAAGCUUAAUUCCAGCCUUGCUGGAGUAUAGCCGCUCGAAUCUCAAUGAAGUGAACGCGAAAAAUCAGGCAAUCCGGUAUUUGAAUUACGCGAUUCAUCAACUCAACUCGAAAGACUCUGCUAUCCACAACACACUUGUAUCCAUAUACGCGUCUAAUCCUUCCAAGGACGAGUCUGGCUUACUUUCGUAUCUUCAAGCACAGGGUGAUGAGCCUCGAUACGAUCCAGAUUUCGCUCUACGACAAUGCAUUCAGUACCAUCGAACCCUUUCCUGUGUCCAUAUAUACACCAGCAUGGGCCAGUAUUUGCAGGCGGUGGACUUGGCUCUUUCGCACAAUGAGGUAGAGCUGGCCGCUGUGAUUGCAGACCGGCCCAUCACGAACCCGCAGCUUCGAAAGCGACUAUGGCUUGCUGUUGCCCGCAAGGUCAUUUCUCAGUCAGAUGGUAUCAAGUCCGCCAUUGAAUUUCUGCGGCGCUGCGAGCUACUCAAGAUUGAGGAUUUAAUUCCCUUCUUUCCCGACUUUGUGGUGAUUGAUGACUUCCGAGAGGAGAUUUGUGAGGCGUUGGAGGACUAUAGCCGUAGUAUCGAUGAUCUCAAGAAAGAAAUGGACGAAUCAUCGCAGACGGCAGCCAACAUCAAGAUGGAUAUCGCGGCACUCGAUCAUCGUUAUGCCAUUGUAGAGCCUGGCGAAAAGUGCUACGUGUGUGGCUUGCCGCUGCUCAGCAGACAGUUUUUCGUCUUUCCCUGCCAGCACGCGUUUCACUCUGACUGCAUGGGUCGCAAAGUCCUCGAGCAGGCCGGCGUGGGAAAGUCGGGGCGUAUCAAGGAGCUGCAGUUGCAAAUACAUAGAGGUCUUGUCAGUGGCGCAAAGAGAGAGGCUGUCGUCGCAGAGUUGGAUUCUCUGGUCGCCUCAGCAUGUAUUCUCUGCAGCGAUUUUGCAAUCAAGCAAAUCGACGAGCCCUUCAUUGCAGAGGGAGAAACGAAUGAAUGGGUAGUGUAA